UACAGCUCGUCCAUGUUUUUCCAGUUCUACUUAUAUGUGUACUUACAGACUUGUGUCCAACAACUACCAAAAUUUCCUGGCCUUCGUUUUCGCCAUAGAAGAGAUCAACAGGAAUCCUCAUCUUUUACCCAACAUAUCUCUGGGAUACGAAUCCCAUAAUUUUCUUUACAGUCACUGGAGGAUAUUGGAGAGUUCUCUCAUUUUACUCACAGGACAGUAUGAAAUCCCAAAUUAUACCUGUAGAAGAGAGACCAAGUCUGUAGCAGUGCUAACAGGAACCUCAUGGGCAACUUCUCCUCAAAUUGGACCACUGCUGGAGCUCUACAAGUUCCCACAGGUGACCUUUGGUGCUUUUGAUCCUACACUGACUGACAGUGGCCAGUAUCCUUCUCUCUAUCAGGUGGCCCCAAAGGACACGUAUUUGGCCCUUGGCAUGGUGUCCUUGAUGCUUCAUUUCCUCUGGACCUGGGUGGGCCUGCUCAUCACAGAAGGCCACAAGGGUCUUCAGUUUCUGUCAGAUGUCAGAGCCGAGAUGGACAGGAACAGAGUCUGUGUAGCCUUUGUGAAAAUGAUCUCAACUCCUCUUGUGUCCUACACUUCAUUUGCGCAGCAACAUGCUAUCCUCACCAAGGAAACACCAUCAGUAAAUGUGGUCAUCAUUUUCUACGAUGCUGAUGGUCUAAAUGAUGUAACCUACAUCAUAGGGCAACAUUUAGUGACGUGGCAAGUCUGGGUGACAAACUCACAGUGGCAGGCAGACAUGGCUGGGAGAAAUUUUAUACUUGGCUCAUUCCAUGGGACUCUCAUUUUUUCCAUACAUCAUGAAGAGAUUUCUGGUUUUAAAAAUUUCAUCCGGGCAGCCAACCCUUCUAAGUACCCAGAAGACACUUACCUCACUAUGUACUGGUUCCAGAAUUUCCGCUGCUCCUUCUCUGACCCGGACUGUGCGCUGCAGGACUGUGCCCCCAGUGCCUCCCUGGCACGGCUGCCUGUGAACCGUUUUGACCCGGAGAUGAGUGACGAGAGCUACAACACGUACAGCGCCGUGUACGCGGUGGCCCACGCCCUCCACGAGAUGCUUCUACAGCAAGAUCAAGUGCAAGUGAUGGGAAAUAGGAAAGCAACGGCGCUUUCCUCCUGGCAGCUGCACCCCUUUCUUAAGAACAUCCAAUUUAACAAACCUGCUAGAGACCAAGUGACUUUGGACGCCGUAAGGAAACUGCAGGCAGAGUAUGACAUUCUCAACUUCUGGAAUCUUCCUGAAGGCCUGCGACUUAAGGUCAAAAUAGGAACGUUUUCCCCAUGGGCUCCACUUGGCCAACAAAUGUCUUUGUCUGAGGAUAUGAUUGAGUGGGCCACAGGAAUUGCAGAGACUCCCCACUCGGUGUGCAGUGAGAGCUGCGAUCCUGGAUUUAGGAAAAGCCCUCAGGAGGGAAAGGCUGCCUGUUGUUUUGAUUGCACCCCUUGCCCAGAGAAUGAGAUCACCAAUGCCACAGUCUUGGCCAAAACCAUUACUGUGGUGCUGGCCUUUAAGGUGACUGCUCCAGGCAGAAGGGUGAGGCAGUUGCUGAUAUCAGGGGCACCAAACUCCAUCAUCCCCAUCUGCUCCCUGAUCCAACUCGCUCUUUGUGGCGUCUGGAUGGGGACAAAUCCGCCCUACAUUGACACAGAUGCUCACUCUGAACAUGGCCACAUCAUCAUCGUGUGCAACAAGGGCUCCCUCACUGCCUUCUACUGUGUGCUGGGAUACCUGGGCUCCCUGGCCCUGCUGAGCUUCACCGUGGCUUUCCUGGCCAGGAACCUGCCCGACACAUUCAAUGAAGCCAAGUUCCUGACAUUCAGCAUGCUGGUGUUCUGCAGCGUGUGGGUCACCUUCCUCCCCGUGUACCACAGCACCAAGGGGAAGGUCAUGGUGGCCAUGGAGGUCUUCUCCAUCUUGGCCUCCAGUGCAGGGUUGGUGGGCUGCAUCUUUGCCCCCAAGUGCUACAUCAUUUUGUUAAGAACAGAUAGGAAUUCUUUACAUGGGUUCAGAGAUUUUAAAAAAUCUGGAAUAAAGAACCCUUCUUAA